GAAGUUAAAGACCUGUCCAGCACAGCCUCCUUGCCACAUUAUCCACCUUGCAUAGUCAGGGAAAGAGCUGAUCUUGGACUUGAGAACAUGGAGCAAGAAAUAUGUAAAUACAUUGUUACAGGUGUAGGUGGUGUAGCCACCGUGGUUGUGACACCUGCACUUCUGGCCACGCUUGGCUUCACCUCAACUGGAAUAGCAGCAGGGUCGCUUGCUGCAAAGAUGAUGUCAGUCUUUGCUGUUCUUUAUGGAGGAGGAGUUCCAGCUGGAGGUCUGAUAGCAACCUUGCAGUCUAUCGGUAUGUCAGGAUUGGGAUGGUUUGGAACUGGAACCGUGGCUGGUGCUGGAAGUACAGUGGCAUGGAUGAUAUCAAGCAUUUGUAAUGUUACAGUAAAAGUUACAGAUGGUACCUAGCAUGAUAAGGCACUAUUUUAGUAAUCUCUAUUAGAUUUAUAAAUCCUGUAGUCAAAGAGGUUACUUUACAGAACUUUCUAACAUAAUCAAUUUCUGAUUAGUAGAUUUUAGAAUUAACAUGUGUAUUAUCUAAUAUAACUGAAAGGCACACCAUUUAUUUUCCCUUUAAUGUACCCAAAGGUUCU